CCUUAAAUUAUUGCCUUUUCAAAGCUGUUUUCUCCUUUCCCAGGGCAAGGGAUGCCAUUCUACUGGAGCAAAUUUAAUCACAUCUCCAACUCUUGUUUCCUGGCUUUCAUUUUCUCUUUUAGCAGAUUGGAACGGGUUUCAUUUCUCAUCUUUCUUCCAGGGUUAAGUUUUGCAUUUCUACUAGCAGAAAUUCUGCCUGUGAUGAGGAGCCUUUUGUCUUCUUUUUGUUACAGAAAUCAGUUUGAAAAUUGAAUCUGCUUUUAUCCUUGCUGACUUUGUUUAGGCAAUGUUUAGAAAAAUCUGCUGCAGAAUGGCUGGGCUUAUGCAUUUCUGGUGAUCAAAGAUCAGAUCAAGACAAGAAAACUGAUUUUCUUUCUUUUUUUUUUUCUUUUUUUUUUUAGACCAAUACUGUAUGGUACUCCCAGUCACUGUUUCUGUAGAAAUUACUUUUAGUUGUAAAAAUAAAUGAAACUGAUGCUAAGUGAACUGUAAAGUGAGUCUCCAUCUGUUUGUCAUCAUGCAGCAGAUUUAACAUAUUCAUCAUGUGCUUUCAUGUUUUUUAAUCUCACUACAUAAUUACCUUCUUUCUCUCACCAUCUCUUUUUUCCUUUUCCUCUCCCUCUGCUUAUCCUGCUUUGCCUAUACUAUAUUCACACACAUACGCACUGCCUUUCACUGACAUUUUUCCAUACACUUAACUUCGUGUGUUGUACAACAUAUUCCCCAUUUUUCCAGCCACUAACCUAUCCACCACUUACUCCCCAUUUCCCCAACAACAACUACUAUCCCUGGCUGUGACCCCCUCCAGACAUUCGAAUGAGGUCCAGGGGUGUUAGCUUUGCCCCAAGCCAGACUGCAGCCAGCCGAAUAGCCAGCCAAUCAGAAGACAUCCCAGCUAUCCCAAAGAGUGCUGGAAGAUCCCUUCAUUUAAGUGCUCUUGGACAACAUUCCCCCACUCAUUUACACUAAUUUAUUUACUCAUUUACUAUCAUCAUCUGUCUCACAUACAGAAGCUGAUUGCCACAAUAAGAUGAAAAUGUGAUCCAACAUGCAUCACACCAAUAGCAGUUCCUCCAUGACAGCAGAUGAGGCUUCAAGAGGUAUUGCUGUGGAAAAGUUUGACAUAAUGAAGAAGUGGGGUCUGAACACUUACAAGUGUACCAAGCAGAUGAUCUCUGAGAGGUUUGGUCGUGGCUCACGUACGGUGGACUUGGAGCUGGAGGCUCAGAUCGAUGUUCUGCGGGAAACCAGACGAAAGUAUGAGAAUGUGCUGCGUUUAGCACGAGCACUAACCAACCACUUUUACAGCAUGGUGCAGACGCAGAACGCCCUUGGGGACACUUUUGCCGACCUCAGUCAGAAGUCUCCAGAGCUUCGGGAUGAGUUUGGCUACAAUGCAGAAACACAGAAGCUGUUGUGCAAGAAUGGAGAGACUCUACUUGGUGCUAUCAACUUCUUCGUGUCCAGCAUCAACACACUGGUGAACAAGACAAUGGAAGACACACUGAUGACCAUCAAGAUGUAUGAGAAUGCCAGGCUAGAGUAUGAUGCGUACAGGGCAGAUCUAGAGGAGUUGAACAUGGGCCCGCGGGAUGCUGUUACUAUGGCUCGUAUUGAGGCUGCUCAGCAGCAGUACCAGAUCCAGAAGGACAAAUAUGAACGGCUCCGUAGUGAUGUCACCAUCAAGCUCAAGUUCCUGGAAGAAAAUAAGGUCAAAGUAAUGCACAAACAACUCCUGCUGUUCCAUAAUGCCAUCUCUGCCUACUUUGCCGGAAACCAGCAGCAGCUGGAACAAACCCUCAAGCAGUUCAACAUUAAACUCAAACCACCAGGGGCUGACAAGCCCUCUUGGCUGGAGGAACAGUGAAAGUGCCCACCCCUGAUAUUUUAGCCAGAUAGAGCAAUGCAGUAGGACCACAAGAGACUUGGGUCUAAGAUGCUAGCAGAGACGGAGGCUACAACAAAGCCUCUUUCUCACUUACUCUCUAGCUCUCCCUUAACCCAUACUUCUCUUCAAUGAUUUUCCUCCUAUUUUUGCUCUGAGACUGUUUAAGUGUCGCCUCUGGUGUGUAACCAGUCCCAAAAGCUCCAAUCAAUGUCAAAGUUUUCAGCUUCAUCCCUAUAAUCAUCAUUAAACCAACUGAAACAAUACAUCUGAUAUGGGAGUCAGACAGAUUAUUUUUUCCCAAUCUUUCACACACUCUUUACCCCUCUUUCUCAGUGACCACGUUAUGAGGAACUUUUUUUUACUCUGUUUCCCACUGAAAAUGGUUUUAUUUUACUAUUAUCUUUUUUCUGUAUUGUACUGUAUAUUUGAUCUUGUAAGUGAAGAGUUUGAGGGGGAAAAAAUGAGCAUUCCAAUCACAGAGCUCUUAGAAUUCAAUGUUGGUUGUUUAUUUUGAAAAAUUCAGAUAAAUGUCUGUCUGAUAUUGAAGAUAUUGGUAUCGCAUCCUUGAACGUUUAGUAGGCUAUCAGUGUAUUACUGAGUCUCUCAUCUCAAGUUUUUAACAUCAAAUUAAUAAUGCUGGAACAGACUGAUGCUAUGGUCAUGAAUUUUCCUUGUCACGAAUGCAUAGCUGUCUGUGCAAAGUCCCAGACAUCAUCGUCUCUUGCCCCAAAUCACACUCUCUAGUCGUUAUUCAGUCAAUUUUCAGGAGUUUGCAUUUCAGCCUUGAACACAUAAAACAUUAUUAUUUUUUCUCUAAGGGAGAAGAGUGUAGUUUUGUUUUAUUUGGACCAUUAUUGUUUAUUAUUGUAGUUUUAUGUAGUAAUGCAUAAUGCUGUAGAGUGCUCAGUUUUAUAUAACUAUUUUAAGUUAAUAAUCAGAUAUUGAUCAAGGAUAGUGUAUGUAUGAGUUCUAUUUUUGGUUGUUUUGUUUAACACAGGCCAGUGAUUAAGGCCCACCAUUAUCUGCCUCUUUAUCUACCAAAAUGUGCACUAGAGGUUGUGUACUGACUUUUGUUAUCAGCAGUGAACUAAUUACCUUCCGAUCUCCAUUCAAAAGCCACAUUUGCCCUGUGUUAUACUGUGCAUUGUGUUUAGUGCUUCUUUGUGUCUUUGUUGAAAAAAAAAAAACAAUUUCCCUCAAUGAAAUCUUUAUACACUGAUUAAUAUCACAAUUACAUUUUUUUAUUUAUUUUUUUUAUUCUGUGGUGUAGGAUGACUUAUGAAUUUGUACAUUUGUUGAGACUCAACCCUCAAAAGUGUCACUGAAAAUGUAGUACAAAAUCAGAAGGAUUUCAUAGUAACUAUUUAAAAAUCUAAACAAAAUAAUUCACAUAUUUUUUUAAUUGAAUGCAUUUGAUUAAGUGAUGAAAUAUCACAUGUAUGUAUAUUCAAAUUGGGAUAAUCAAAUGAGUAUUACUGGGUAUAUAACAUAAAAACAAUUUUCACAUAAAAUGUCAAACAUUUAUGUUCACUGCAGUAACUUGCGGCCAAAUUAUUAUGGAUUUUUAUUUUUAAAGUGGGCUCCAAAUACCCUUUGGCAUUUGUUGCUUUUGUCCUAAACAGACUUGAGAUGAUGCAGUGACUCUGGGGUUAAAGUUCAGACUGUCAGAUUCAUGUCGGUCUUGUAAAAAAAAAAAAAAAAAAGAAGAAGAAAAAAAAAGAAAAUCACAUUAUGUAAUAGACCGAAAUAAUAACUAUGACCUAAUGUUCAGAACUUUUGAACACUGCACUAAAUCUUUCUAAGUUUGAGAUGAAGCAAUACUGAAGAUGUUUCUUAAAAAGUGUAUUUUCAUGUAUGCCUGUAUUGGCUGUUCCCUUGUGUGUUUUUGCACAGCAGGUCUGAUGAUAUUACUGUAGUUGUACUUUUCCAUGCAUUGUGAUUCAGUCCUAUUGUAUUCAAUGCUUCAGUAAAACACAAAAUGGGUAGCAGUGUUUCUAUAAAAGAAGAAGGGUUUCUUUGAAUGUCAGAGGAUGCUUGAAACCAUUAGAUUUGGCUUGAAUGUCACCUGUUGAAGAGUAAGUAGUGUACUGGCAUGCUCCCUGGAAGUCUCUUCUCUUUUGCCUUCAGUUUUUUUUCUGUGAAGACGAGUUGCUUACCCUAGAAAAGGGAUCCAAGAAAAGAAAACAAUGGGACUUUUUGUCAGAAUUCUUUAUACGAAGUAUUUUGUUUUUCCAUACUGAAACUUUUGUUAAGCAGCAGAGUGGCGUGUGUGAUUAUGUUCAUGGAGAAAGCUGGAGAAAUGGAUACUCGUACACCAGAGACUGAAGCAUUCCAUGAAGUGAUUGACAUUUGUUCCAGACCUCCUCCAAAAUGAAUCCAGAUACAUUUCCCCCAUAGAUUUCUAUUACUUUAAAUGCAUCCAUAAAGAUUAUCAUUGUUAUAGUUUUGAUUACUGUUACAGAAGUGUUUGGAAUGGAAUGCUUACUCCAUCAGUGGGCUUAAUUUUAGAGCAUAGCAGAAUGAAAGGGUUAGAUUGCCAUAUUUAUAUAUACAAUCAAUAUUUUAGGCUGCUUUGUGGUAUUGUUGUAUAUGAAUGACUGUAUAUAUGUAAAGAUAAUUAAGACAGAUUUUGAAACUGGAAACCCAUGAUGCUAGCCUUUGUUCCUGGCUUUGACCAAACCUUCUGGAAUACAACACUGAUGUACAAUAACCCACAUGAUAAAACUUGAAAAGUUUGCAAAGAAA